AUCUCGUGUUCCUGCUUCUGGAACAUCCUGGGCUCGUUUUGCCGCGGCCCAUCGUCCUAGUUCUGCGCAUCUUCUAUUUGUGGACACCCGGCUGACCGAGCCGACAUGCUCACUAUCAACGUCAGCCUCCUCAGUGGGAGGACAGUACCGGUGCCGGCAGCACCCGACGCACUGGUGGGAGACCUGCGGAAGGCCAUCCAGUCCCAGCUGGCGCUGGGCCCCUUAGCGCUGCUCUCGGGCAGCGGGGCGCGGCUCCUGGCCUCGCAGACCUUGAAGGAGGCCCAGCUGAAGAGCGGCGACGCCGUGACCGCCGUGGCGGUGGCGAACUUGCGGCUCUUCGCGCACCGACUGGGCCGGGCCUUUGCGGCGCUGAAGCCCAACGGCCAGGUAGUGUCCUGGGGUGACCCCGAGUGCGGCGGCGAAAGCUCCAGGGUUCAGAAGCGGCUCUCCCACGUGAAGCACAUCUGCGGCUCUGGGGGAGCAUUCGCAGCGAUCAGGGCCGAUGGCAGCGUGGUGACUUGGGGUCACCCUGGUGACGGCGGCGUGGUGAAUUUCCGGGUCUCGGAUGUGAAGCGCCUUUGUGCCACCUGCUCCGCCUUCGCAGCCCUGCACAAAGACGGCAAGGUCUCCACGUGGGGGGCCCCCAACUAUGGUGAGACGACGGCGCCGCUGCGGGGGGUGGUGGACUUGUGCGCCAGCAGCGCCGCCUUUGCAGCGCGGAAGAAGGACGGAAACGUGAUUGCCUGGGGAUCCUCUUCUGAUGGCGGCGACAGCAGCCAGGUGUCGUCGCAGCUCAUGGACGUCACUCAGCUGGCGGCCUCCAACUCCGCCUUUGCGGCGCUGCGGAAGGAUGGGAAGGUGAUCUGCUGGGGGGACCAGCGCUGCGGCGGGGACGUGAGCCAGGUGGAGCAACAACUGCGGCGAGUGCAGGCGAUCUUCGCCUCGGGCAGUGCCUUCGCGGCCUUGCGGGCUGACUACUCGGUGGUGGUGUGGGGGGCCACGCUGCCGCCAACCAACCCGCUGCCAGGGGUGCGCCAUGUGUGCGGCUCCGGCGGCGCCAUGGCGGCGCUGCGGAUCGACGGCACCGUGGUGACCUGGGGCUGCGCCCAGGAAGGUGGCGACAGCAGCGCGGUGCAAGCGCAGCUUCGGGAUGUGAAAGAGGUGGCCUCCACGGACGCGGCCUUCGCGGCGGUGAAGGCGGAUGGCUCCGUCGUCACCUGGGGCAAAGCCUCGUUCGGCGGGGACUCCUCCAAGGUGCAGCAGGAGCUGCAGAACGUGGAGUCGGUGCUGGGCUCCUGGUCCGCCUUCGCGGCUUUGCGUAAGGACGGCCUCGUGGUGACCUGGGGCGACCGGUUCAAUGGCGGUGAUAGCAGCGCAGUGCAGGACGAUCUCAUGAUAUGAAUGUAGCGGCUCACUCUCCCCUGUGGGUGGGGGGAGCAGCCUCGGUUUAGAUUUUCCCGCGGAGAUACCGUUGAGUUUUGAUGGAAUGGCAGGACAGUCUGCUACGAAGAGCCGUGCAUGUCUUUGGGGCUAAGACCCCAUAGCUUCUUGGGCCUAUUAGCGACACAACGUCUUGGGGGGG